AUGUCCGGAAAACGAGAUCUUUCUGGCUACAACUAUGCUGCCAUCUCCUCUCUCGUCCUGACUGCCGACCGCUCAAAUCUCCCCCGACGAGACAAGGAGCCCGAUGGUGCCCCGACGACGCUUGUCGGCCGUAUCGACCCGCGCGAGAUGGGAUCCCGGGUCCAGCGCGAGGCGCCGAAGGACAUGGAGAAGAAGAAGAAAAAGGCGACGGACAAGCAGGACGCGUCCGAGCGGCCGGCGAAGCGCAAGGCCGCCGACGCCGGCUUCGGCUACACGGACAUCAUCGAGGCCACCGAGGACGUCGAGGGGCUCACGUACCGCCCGCGGACGGCGGAGACGCGGGAGGUGUACGAGCUCAUCCUCUCCAACGUCCACCGGGCGCUCGGUGACCAGGCGCAGGACGUGGUGCGGAGCGCGGCGGACACCGUGCUCGAGACGCUGAAGAACGAGGGCAUGAAGGACUUCGACAAGAAGAAGGAGGUCGAGGAGAUCCUGGGGUCGGUCUCGAACGAGGCCUUCGCGCAGUUCGUCAACCUGUCGAAGAAGAUCACCGACUACGGCGCUGAGGACGAGGAGAUGGCGGACCCGGACAUGGAGCGCAAGGAGGCUGAGAUCGACGACGAGAUGGGAGUGGCGGUCGUGUUUGACGAAGAAGAGGAAGAGGACGAAGACGAGGAGGGCUACGAAGUGAAGGACGAGUCUGACGACGAAGCCGAGGAAGGGGACGGAGACAACGAGCCGGCGCCGGAGACUUUGGAGGGUGACGACGAGCUCGUCAUCGGUGGGUCUUCAGCCGCAGGCCAGGGAAAGGCACAAGCGAACAAAGACAAAAUCUCCCCCCACUCUAUCGACGGCUUCUGGGUUCAACGGCAAAUUUCCGAAGUCUACCCCGACCCCGUCACUGCUGCCGACAAGGCCACUGCCGCGCUCAGCCUCCUCGGCUCAGAGUCGAGCGACCGCGACUGCGAGAACCAGCUCAUGGACCUCUUUGAGUACCAGCACUUCACUCUCGUCACCAAAUUCGUCAAGAAUCGCGACGUGAUCGUCUGGUGCACCAAGCUCAUGCGCAGUGACGCGGACAAGCGCGUUGACAUAGAGGUGGCCAUGCGCGAGAAGCAGCUCGGGUGGAUUCUCAGGGAACUGGCCGGGGACCGUAAGACAAAGACGCGGUCAGAUGCCAUGGACGUCGACGACAAGCCCAAGUCGAGGUCCCGAAGACCGCGACUCUCGCUCCUGGCGACCGUCGACCUUGAGGGCAUGGCCUUCAGCCAGGGCGGGCACCUCAUGUCCAACAAGAAGUGUAAGCUCCCUGACGGAUCGUUCAAGCGCGCGAAGAAGGGCUACGAGGAGAUCCACGUUCCUGCCCCCAAGUCGAAACCCACCCACGACUCCGAGCUCGUCAAGGUCGAACAGCUUCCCGGGUGGGCACGCGAAGGCUUCAAGGGGUACCAGCACCUUAACCGCAUUCAGAGCAAGGUGUACCCCAUUGCGUUCGGUACGGACGAGCCCAUUCUGAUGUGUGCUCCAACCGGUGCGGGCAAGACGAACGUCGCCAUGCUGACCGUCCUCAACGAGCUGAGCAAGUAUCGGGACGAGGAGACGGGUGAUUUCGAUCUGGACGCGUUCAAGAUCGUCUACAUUGCGCCGAUGAAGGCCCUUGUCCAGGAGAUGGUCGGCAACUUCAGUUCGCGCCUCGGCGUCUUCGGUAUCAAGGUCGGCGAGCUCACUGGCGACUCUCAAAUGACGAAGCAACAAAUCUCGGAGACGCAGAUCAUCGUCACGACGCCGGAAAAGUGGGAUGUCAUCACGCGCAAGAGCACGGACACGAGCUACACGAACCUCGUACGUCUCAUCAUCAUCGACGAGAUUCACUUGUUGCAUGACGACCGUGGCCCAGUGCUCGAAGCGGUCAUUGCGCGCACGAUCCGUCGGAUGGAACAGACGAAUGAGUACGUGCGGCUGGUGGGUCUCUCUGCAACGCUCCCCAACUACCAGGACGUCGCGACGUUCCUCCGGGUCGACACCACGAAGGGUCUCUUCUACUUCGACGCGUCCUACCGCCCCUGCGCCCUCCAGCAACAGCGGUACCAGGUCAUGAACGAGGUUUGCUACGAGAAGGUGCUCGAUCAGGCCGGCAAGAACCAAACGCUCGUAUUUGUUCACUCGCGCAAAGAGACCGCCAAGACUGCGACGUUCAUCCGCGACAUGGCGAUCGAGAAGGAGACCAUCACGCAGUUCGUCAAGCCCGAGGGUGCGACGCGGGAGAUCUUGCUUGAGGAGACGAACAACGUGAAGGACCCCAAUCUGAAGGACCUACUCCAGUUCGGCUUCGGCAUCCACCACGCCGGCAUGUCGCGCGAGGACCGUGGGCUCGUCGAGGAGCUCUUCGCGGACGGCCACUUGCAGGUCCUCGUCUGUACUGCGACGCUCGCAUGGGGUGUCAACCUCCCCGCGCACACGGUUAUCAUUAAGGGCACGCAGAUCUACAACCCGGAGAAGGGCCGCUGGGUGGAGCUGUCAUCGCAGGAUGUGUUGCAGAUGCUCGGUCGCGCGGGUCGUCCGCAGUACGACACGUUCGGCGAGGGCGUCAUCAUCACGAACCACUCGGAGCUGCAGUACUACCUCAGUCUGCUCAACCAGCAGCUGCCGAUCGAGUCGCAGUUUGUUGCAAAGCUCACUGACAACCUCAACGCGGAGAUCGUUCUUGGCACCAUUCGGAACCGGGACGAGGCCGUUCAGUGGUUGGGAUACACCUACCUGUAUGUACGCAUGCUCAAGGACCCGGUGUUGUACAGCGUUGGCGUGGACUACCUCGAGGGCGACCCGACGCUCGUCCAGAAACGCGCGGACAUUGUGCAUACGGCAGCGGCACUGCUGGAGAAGUGCCACCUGAUCAAGUACGAGCGGUCGUCAGGUCGAUUCCACAGCACGGAGCUCGGGCGGAUCGCGUCCCACUACUACGUGACGUACUCGUCCAUGGCGACGUACAACCAGCACCUCCGGCCGACGAUGGCCCACCUCGAGCUCUUCCGGGUGUUUGCGCUCUCGAACGAGUUUAAGCUCAUCCCGGUGCGACAGGACGAAAAACUCGAGCUGGGCAAGCUACUCGAGCGUGUUCCCAUUCCCGUCAAAGAGGCGGUCGAGGAGCCUGCGGCGAAGAUCAAUGUGCUGCUUCAAGCGUAUAUCUCGCAGCUGAAGCUCGAUGGCUUCGCGCUCGUUGCCGACAUGGUCUAUGUCACUCAGUCAGCUGGCCGUAUCAUGCGCGCGAUUUUCGAGAUCUGUUUGAAGCGUGGGUGGGCCGUGCCUGCCAAAGCUGCGCUCGACAUGUGCAAGAUGGUCGAGAGGAGAAUGUGGGGAUCCAUGACGCCGCUGCGCCAGUUCAAGGGCGUUCCCAGCGAGGUCAUCAGGAAGGCGGAAGGCAAGCAGUUCCCUUGGUACCGCUACUUCGACUUGAGCCCUCCCGAAAUCGGCGAGCUUCUCGGUAUCCAAAAUGCUGGGCGCCUCGUACAUCGCCUCGUUCACAACUUCCCGAAGCUCCAACUCUCCGCUCAGGUCCAGCCCAUCACCCGGACCCUCCUCCGUAUUGAUCUCACAAUCACUCCCGACUUCCGCUGGGAUGAGAAGGUUCAUGGCACCUCAGAGUCGUUCUGGAUCAUCGUCGAAGAUGUGGACGGCGAGAUCGUUCUCUUCCACGACAAAUUCAUCCUCCGCCAGCGUUAUGCCGAAGACGAGCACUACGUCACACUCACCGUGCCGAUGUUUGAGCCAGUCCCGCCCAACUACUACAUCUCCAUCAUCUCCGACCGCUGGCUACAGUCGGAGACGCGUCUCCCGAUCUCCUUCAAGCACCUCAUCCUGCCCGAGAAGUUCCCUGUCCCAACACCGCUGCUCGACCUCCAGGCGCUUCCGCUCUCCGCGCUGCACAACAAGGAGUUCGAGAGCAUCUACUCGUCCGCCAUCGAGACGUUCAACAAGAUCCAGACGCAGGUCUUCCAGGCGCUCUACACGACGGACGACAACGUCUUCAUCGGCGCCCCGACUGGCAGUGGCAAGACUAUCUGUGCCGAGUUCGCACUCCUCCGGCUCUGGAGCAAGCGCGAGCAGCAGCGGGCGGUUUGCAUUGAGCCGUACCAGGAGAUGGUCGACCAGCGCGUGGAGGAGUGGCAGAAGAGGUUCGGGAACCUGCAGGGUGGGAAGGAGAUCGUCAGCCUGACGGGCGAGACGAGCGCGGAUCUGCGUCUGCUCGAGAAGGGGGACCUGAUUGUUUGCACACCGAACCAGUGGGACGUUCUGUCAAGGCGAUGGCGCCAGCGCAAGAAUGUGCAGACCAUCGGUCUGCUUAUCGCCGAUGAGGUUCAGCUUGUCGGUGGGGAAGUUGGCCCGACCUACGAGGUUGUCAUUUCGCGGACGCGAUACGUUUCCGCUCAGACGGAGAUCAAGACGCGUAUCGUUGCAUGCGGUGUGUCGCUCGCGAACGCCCGGGACCUCGGAGAGUGGAUGGGCGCACCCUCGCACGCCAUCUUCAACUUCCCGCCCAGCGCCCGUCCGUUGGACAUGGACAUCCAUAUCCAAAGCUUCCAGAUCCCCCACUUCCCGUCCCUCAUGAUUGCGAUGUCCAAGCCCGCGUAUCUCGCCGUCCUCGAGUACUCCCCCAACGACCCCACUAUCAUUUUCGUCCCUUCGCGUCGCCAGUGCCGUCUCACCGCCGACGACAUCAUCACGCACUGCAGCGCGGACGACGAUACCUCGCGGUUCCUGCACGUCGAUGAAGAGACCCUCGCACCCCACCUAGAGCAUGUCACCGAUGCCGGGUUGAAGGAGACAUUGAAGCAUGGUAUUGGGUACUACCACGAGGCGCUCAGCAAGCAGGACAAGCGCAUCGUGGAGCGUCUCUUCCAGCACGGUGCUAUUCAGGUUCUCAUCGCGUCCAAGGACACUGCAUGGUGUCUGCCCGUGUCCAGUUACAUGGUGAUUAUCAUGGGCGUCCAGUACUAUGAGGGCAAGGAGCAUCGAUACGUCGACUAUCCGGUCAUGGACGUCCUGCAGAUGAUGGGCCGUGCCUGCCGGCCAGCUGUAGACCAGAAAAGCCGCGCAGUGCUCAUGUGCCAGCAGACACGGAAGGACUUUUACAAGAAGUUCCUUGCGGAGGGGCUCCCCAUCGAGUCCCACCUCCCCACCCAUAUGCUCCAUGACUACUUCCUGGCGGAGAUUGCUGUGAAGACGAUUGAGAACAAGCAGGACGCGAUGGACAUCCUCACAUGGACGUACUUCUACCGGAGGAUGACGCAGAACCCCAACUAUUACAAUCUUCACAACGUCAGCCACCAGCACUUGUCGGACCAUCUGUCGGAGCUCGUCGAGAGCACGCUUAGCGACCUCGUCAACUCGAAGUGUAUCACGAUUGAGGACGAGAUGGACGUCUCACCGCUGAACCUCGGCAUGAUUGCUGCCUACUAUAACAUCUCCUACGUCACUGUGGAGGUGUACACACUGUCCCUAAAGGAACGCACGAAGCUUAAGGGUCUCUUGGAGUUCGAGUCCAUCCCAAUCCGUCGCCACGAAGACGUUUUGCUGCGGCGGAUUUACGACCGCGUUCCCGUCAAGCUGACAAGGCGGACUUCGAGGCCCCCACUUCAAGACCUUCCUCCUCUGCAAGCGCACUUCUCCCGCCUCACGCUCCCGCCCGACCUUGCUGCCGACCAGGUGCUUGUCCUCGAGAAAGUCCUCAACCUCCUGUCGCAUAUGUGUGUGCAAGCCUCCUGGGAGACGGACUCCCCGCUGAAGCAGAUUCCCCACUUCGAGCCUGAGCUUAUCAAGCGCUGCAAGGACGCCGGCGUUGAGACCGUCUAUGACGUCAUGGAGAUGGAGGACAGCAAGCGCAACGAGCUGCUCCAGAUGGAUGCGCGCCAGAUGCGCGACGUCGCGACGUUCGUCAACUCGUACCCCACGCUCGACGUCAGUUACGAGCUCGCCAAGGGCGACCACACGGCCGGAGCACCAAUCCAGAUCCAGGACGACGAGACGAAGAAGCUCGCGAACUGGUGGGUCGUCAUCGGCGAGCCCAAGACGAAGCAGCUGCUCGCGAUCAAGAAGGUGACCGUGCACCGGAGCCUCGGCGUCCGGCUCGAGUUCUCGCUCCCGCAGGGCGCGCACGCGCUCAAGCUCUAUGUCAUCUGCGACUCGUACAUGGGCGCGGAUCACGACAUCGACUUGGACCCGAUCGACGUCGCCGAGGGCGAGGACAGCGAGAGCGAAGAGGAGAGCGACGAGGAGAUGGAGGAGUAG